AUGAAUACAACACAAACACGAAUGAUUCAACCAAUAGGAAACUCAAAAAUAUCCUUCCCACCGAUCAUUGUGAAAUUUAAAAGUGAACAACAUGCCUCAAUCAAGGAAAUCACAGACGAUUUAACAACGAAAUGGAAUGUUCAACAUGGAAUUAACUUAGCAAUAACAGCGCGUUUUGGUCACAUGCACUCUCUCCUGAUCUUUGUCGAUGACUCACCUACUUUUGAAUCUCUAUUAGAUCCAAAUAGAUGGCCAAAAUCGCUGAAAGAAAUAGAAAUAGAAGUGAAAGUGCCUCGUCAAUUACCACCAGAAUAUUCACUAAUAAUUCAACAAUUUCAUAGAAACUGGAAUGAAGACGAAUGGCUAAUUGAAUUACAACUACGUUACGUCUCAUUAUUUAAAAUCACCAGAAUGCGAGUAAAAGACGGUUCAGCUCUAAACGCUGUCCGAGCUGAUUUUAAAUCAGUCGAAGAAGUUAAAACUCUCAUAAAAUCCGGAAAAAUAAAUGUAGGAAGUAUGACUCAUCCAGUUAAACCUUAUCACUUACCAAUACGUAUUAAUAAAUGCUUGAAAUGUCUACGUCACGAUCACACAACAAAGAGCUGCACCCGUACUCGAUUAUGUCCAAGAUGUGCUGAAGAACAUUCCCUCGAACACGGUUGUAAUAAUCCAGAAAAGUGUAUAAACUGUGAAGGAGACCACGUCUCCGGCCAUUCUGCUUGCCCAAUAGUACAAGAAAAACGUCACGCUUUAAUGGAACAAUCGA